AUGUCUCUCCGCACAUUGACAAGAACACCGCUGAGCAGCGUCUCGCGGAUAAGCACGACAAACGCCAUGCCAUUGCGCGCAAAGAUCACAAAUCCAGCCUGGAUGAGCGGGUCAAGGAAGUACGCUACACCCACCGCAGACCUUCUCAAAGCGCAGCAAGACGACGACCCUGAUGAUGUCAUCUUCACCAACAACUACGGCGUACGCAGCAUCGAGCUCAACCGGCCGAAGAAGUUGAACUCGCUCAACGGUUCCAUGGCCCGCAAGAUCAUACCGAGGUUACAAGAGUGGGCAAAGUCGGAACUGGCAGGCGUCGUUAUAAUCAAGGGCAACGGCCGCGCCUUCUGCGCGGGAGGAGACGUCGCUGCCCUGGCAAAGUGGAACAAGGAAGGAGCAAAGGGGCAGCAGAUGAGCUCAGACUACUUUGGACUGGAAUACAAGCUAGAUCACCUCAUCGCAACAUACACAAAGCCCUAUGUCGCCUUCAUGGACGGUAUCACAAUGGGCGGCGGUGUUGGACUUUCGAUACACGCACCCUUCCGAAUCGCGACCGAGAACACCCUCUUCGCCAUGCCCGAAACGACCAUCGGCUUUUUUCCAGACGUCGGCGCAUCCUUCUUCCUUCCUCGAAUGGAAGGCGCUCUUGGCACGUACCUCGCCCUCACAUCGGAGCAACUCAAGGGCGUGGACGCUUUCUACCACGGCAUCGCAACCCACUACAUCCACUCCUCCACUCUCCAGCAACUCGAGGCGCGUCUCGCCGAACUACAAUUCCCCGACUACAUGGAUCUCCACAAACGCUUCAAGAUCAUCAACUCUACAAUCGAAGAGUUCAGCACUGGCCUUCCUGCCGAGCGACCGCACAUCUCGGGCGAACUGCGCAAGGUCAUCGACACCGUCUUCCAUGACGACCAGCCGGGUAUCAGCAACAUCAUGGAAUCGCUCGAGCAGGUCAAGACUGGGCACAAUGACCCGGAAAUCCAGAAGUGGGCCGACAAGACUAUUCAGACUAUCAACAGCCGGUCGCCAAUCUCUGUCUCUGUAGCCCUCCGUCAGAUGCGCAUCGGUCGCCAAUGGUCCAUCGCGCAAACUUUCCAAAAGGAAUACGACAUCGCCUCCCGCUUCAUGGCUCACCCCGAUUUCGUCGAGGGCGUAACAGCACGUCUGGUGGAGCGCAAGAAGGAGCGUCCAAACUGGAAACCCAACACUCUGCAGGACGUUAAGAAUAACGACGUGGAUGCUUUCUUUGCUGGAAGUGAUGGAGCGCCAUUGCCUCUGAUUAGCGAGACAGACUACAAGGAGUACCCUCACGCGUGGAUUGGACUGCCGAAGGAGGGAGAGAUUCUGAGAGAAGCUAGUGGACAGAAGAGAGAGGAUGUUGUUGCUAAGCUAUUGGAGAAGUAUGAGGGAAAGCAGGGCGUGAGGGAAAAGAUUGCGGAAGUAUUGGAGAGGUAUGCAUAG